GGCGGGGGACGGAGGUAAGGGGGGUGAAUACUGAAGAAACUGAGCGCGAGCGGAGGAUGCUUAUCCCACAGCAUGUGAUGACUGAGGCGUGAGGGAGCUGGGGGUCCAGUGGCAGGAAAAGCAGACAGCGAGCACAGAUGAAGGAUGAAGAGCCCGGUGCACAGAUGCCGGGAUGUGGAGCAUGGGCGUGGGCAGGCUGGGACCGGAACAGGGUCCACCUGCCUACAGGCCGAACAGCGCAUCCCCAUUUCCAAAGACGUCAUUACUUCCUCUUCCGCCUCAGCCAUGUGGUUCAUCAGGGAUACCUGCGGCAUCGUCUGUGCUGUCAUCACGUGGCUGCUGGUGUUGUACGCUGAAUUUGUGGUACUGUUUGUAAUGUUGUUGCCCUCCAAGAACCUGAUGUACAGCAUUGUGAACGGGACAUUGUUCAACACUCUAGCCUUUCUUGCCCUCGCCUCACACCUCAGGGCCAUGUGCACUGACCCUGGGGCAGUGCCAAAAGGAAAUGCUACUAAGGAAUACAUAGAAAGCCUUCAGCUGAAACCAGGACAAGUGGUCUACAAAUGUCCCAAGUGCUGCAGCAUCAAGCCUGACCGAGCACACCACUGCAGUGUUUGCAAAAGGUGCAUAAGAAAGAUGGACCACCACUGUCCGUGGGUCAACAACUGUGUAGGGGAGAACAACCAAAAGUACUUUGUGCUUUUCACAAUGUACAUUGCACUCGUCUCUCUCCACACUCUGGUCAUGGUGGUCUUCCACUUCCUCUACUGCUUCGAAGAUGAUUGGACAAAGUGCAGUUCCUUCUCUCCUCCAGCAACAGUCAUCCUCCUCAUACUCCUGUGCUUUGAGGGUCUCCUCUUCCUCAUCUUCACCUCUGUGAUGUUUGGAACUCAAGUCCACUCCAUCUGUACUGAUGAGACCGGCAUAGAGCAGUUGAAAAAGGAAGAGAGAAGAUGGGCUAAAAAAACUAAGUGGAUGAACAUGAGGGCGGUAUUUGGACACCCUUUCUCCUUAUUGUGGUUUAGUCCCUUCUCCACCCCUGACCAUGGGAAGGCUGAGACCUACCAGUAUGUGGUGUGAGGGGGCAACCACAAAUUACACUGCAGACCCCUCACUAGCCAUGGACAGCUUUUCAUGUGCUUCUCUGUGUUGCCAACCAAGUGUGCUAUGUUUAUUUUUGUGUUGCCUUGAGUGAGUCGAGUUGCAGAGAAAAAGAAAUCCUGUCAGUCGGAGUCCUGUUUUUUUAACACUGUGAUUAAUCUGUUUGUUUCUGACCUUUUUCUCUUUCUGUUGUAUCAGAAAUCUCUUUUCUGUGGUUCAUCUUGCUUUUCCUUAAGAUGGUUGUUUCAGCCAAAUUACCAGUGAAUCACUUAUUCUCUGUGGCGUCUGGUCAUGCACAAAAGCCUUGUUUCCACCAACGGGUGCGGGUGGGGACGGGGCGGUUAGGUGCGGAUAUGGUUUGUAAGCUGUAAUCUGGUUGCUUUCCCACAGCCAACCAUAACCUUACCUGGGAGGCGGAGUGUCAGCCAGAUAGCGAUAGAAGCCUCCGCUGCAUAAUAGCAUGACGCCAUCACAGCGCGAUGCUUCCUUAAAGUAGAACCAAAGCAUUUAGUUUCAGAUGGCCACGUCAAGUUCUCUCUGGAUCUCUUCCUCCCCAAUGAUCCAGAGGAAAGUGCAGACUUCCUCGGACGUCCUUGGAAUGGUGUUUCGUAAACAACAAAAAGAAAAUCUGUUUCUCUAAACAAGGAGGUGCAAGGGAAGUGGCAUUUGUUUUUCAGCCAGUCAGCAGAUUGCAGUGUGUUGAGCUCCCCCCGUUGGGUCUGAACGGUUUAAAUUGGUACCCCAACAGAAGGAUCCCAAAAAAGUAGGAUGGGUCGGGUUGGAUUUUAGGGUUUUCUUCUCAGUUUUUGAGAGUGGAGGCGCAAAAAAAGCACACCUCACCUCACCUCACCUAUUGCUGGAAACAAGGCUUUUUCUGGCAGCAUUUGUCAGCAAAUUUCCUGAAAAGAAUUAAGAAAUUAUGGUUUUAAAUUGAAUUUUUGUCAUAAAAUUGUUUAAAUAUCCACUCAUUUGUUGUAAAUGAUGAGAGAAGCAACAGGCUAGAGAAUGCAGGUCUAGAGGUGAUUAAGUUUAACCUUCCUCAUCCAGAGAAACUAGUUCAUUGAACCUUUAGUCACUGAAAAUAUUCCAGAUUGUUUCCUGGGCAGCAUUUUAACAGUGUCAGUGUUUCAGAGUAACUGGAACUUUGUAGAUGUUGAAGAUGCUGCUAAACUUUUCAGAUUCAAACUGAGAAGAAGCUUCUAGAAAUUAAUGGAUUUUUUUUCUUUGCUCCAAAUGAAGAAAAAUCAGGACCUCACCUAAAUGGCUGUUGGUCUGAAAACAUCCAGGCUAAAUGUUGUCGUACGCAGCAGCAGUCUGCCAUCAUUAUGCUGGGUUUUUCUAAAGGGAUUACAUGAAUCAUUCACCCAUUUUCCAUUCCUGCUUAUACCAGCGCAGUCGCAUGGGUUGUUCAAUAUAAAUGGAUUAAAUUUCCCUAAAGUAAAAUGGAUUAAAUUAUUAAAAAACAACUUUUUAAAGAACAGUUCUGUAUUUAAUCACAAUUUUUUUAAGCUUUCUCCACAUAUCAGGAUCUCUUGUCUGACUUCACUUUGUUCAGUUUGCUUUUUUUUUCCAGUUCUGAGAUGUUACAUCCAGGUAUGAAGAUAUCACACAACCUUUUUCUAAUUAAAAAAUGGGCCACAAGUCUAAUAAAAGGUCAAACGCAACAAAUCUGGGAAACAGAGGCAUCAUGUCUCCUCAGGGUGGAGCAGUGUUAGGCUGAUCCUGAGUCCGCUGCUGUUGUCAGCGCUGAGGUUUGUCUUCUCGGAUUAAUGAGUCGUUAGCUGGAGCUCAUCUGUAGUUGAUCAGUGUUUUAAUCAGAGCUGAAGCUGAAACUCGUGGACCAAGUGAAAAGAGACAGAAAUCCUGAUCAGUCACAGAAAAGCAAAGAUUAAGUUUUAAGAUUUUGUUUUCUAUUCACUUUGUUUGAUUCUUUGAAGGUUUUUAUAUUUAUUUCAUACAGUCCAUAUUUGGUCUGUUUGAGCUUUGAAAAUAUUUAUAUCAAACUCAUCAUUUUAAGCCCACAUGGUUGUGAAUUGUUGAACAUUUUCUCUGCUUCUUCUCUGAUUCACUUUUUAACACAAAGCUGAAUAAGCAGAUGCAUUUUAUUCUUGCUCAAAGCAAGCUGGGAGGUUUGAAUCUGGUCCACAAAGUUAUUCUGAAUCACUCAGUCGGUGUUAAACUGUCUUUCCGGAGUAAAACAUGUUUGUUAAAAUGUGGUUGAGCCAUCCUGUAACAUAUGUUCAUGCUCCUAAA